AUGACACCUGAGUUAUCCGUAGUAAAUACACUCAACAACAGCUCACGCUUCGCGUCACCUUGCUGCGCCGCACACUCGGCAUUGCUCCCCGUCCGAGAUGAAAACUUUCAAAUAAAAAACCUUUUCAUAUAUAAACAGCCAUCUCAUCGCUGCCAAAUUUUACAGAUCUCAAAAGUGUCGCCAAAACCCCACUCCUGUGCCCCUCCACCGAUCAUGACUUCUGAUACUCUUACCAUGUCAAAGCUGGGUCAAGAACAGCUUCUCACAGAGACACUGCUCAACCACUUGAUCUCUAAAGAUAUCGCCACCCCUCUGCCACAUGAUUCAAAUGCUCUUACCCUACAAUCCCAUAAGAUGAUCGAAUCUGCAUUAACUUCGAGGUUAAGUUCCACAGAAUCUGAGGAUUCCUUCUUCGUUUGUGAUCUGGGAGAAAUCAAACGUUUAUACCAGUCCUGGCGUAUCCAUCUCCCAAGGGUGAAACCAUUUUACGCUGUAAAAUGUAACCCAAACCAAGAAAUCUUAAAGACUUUAAGAGAUCUAGGUCUGGGCUUCGACUGUGCCUCGAGAUCGGAAAUAGACACAGUGUUAAGUCUAGAUGUUUCUCCUGAAAGAAUCCUUUAUGCAAACCCAUGCAAAGCUUCCUCCUUCAUUAAACACGCUUCAGAAGUCGGUGUUUUGAAAUCUACUUUUGAUAAUUCUGAUGAAUUAUACAAGAUUAAACGUUUCCAUCCAAAUUCCGAAUUAUUCAUACGGAUUGCCACGGAUGAUGAAUCAGCUCAAUGUAGAUUAUCCACAAAAUACGGGUGCCACUUGGACCAAGUCGAUUCACUUUUGCAAACAGUCAAAGAGUUAGAAUUAAACUUGGUAGGUGUCGCUUUCCAUGUGGGAUCUGGUGCUUCUGACUACAACAGUCUUUACAAAGCCAUUAGAGACUCCAAAUAUGUCUUCAAUAGAGUCGAAGAAAUGGGCUUGCCUUCGUUAAAAGUACUAGAUGUCGGUGGUGGAUUCCAAUAUCAUUCGUUUGUCCAAGCUGCCGAAGUAGUCAAUUAUUCGUUACAAGAGUUUUUCCCACGUGAAGCAUUCUCUGAGUUGCAAGUCAUCGCUGAGCCUGGUAGAUAUUUUGUCUCUACAGCUUUGACUCUUGCUACAAAUGUCAUUGCAAAGAGACGGCCUAACAACGAUAACACUUCAUCCAUGAUCUAUGUUAACGACGGGGUCUACGGUAACUUGAAUUGUAUUUUAUUCGACCAUCAAGUGCCUACUCCAAAAAUUUUAUUCCAUUCAAAUUCUUACCACUAUAACUCUGCCACUUCUUCUGAUCACUGCAUCCCUGACAAGAUCGAAAACAAAAUAUCAAUGUGGGGACCCACUUGUGAUGGUCUUGAUUGUAUCAAGAACAAUUACUAUUUGAAAUAUGAUCUAGACGUUGGAGAUUGGAUUUAUUUCCCAAACUUGGGUGCAUACACUUCAACCGCAGCCACUCAAUUCAAUGGUUUCCAACAAUUCUCAGAUUUCAUCUAUAUAGAUAGUGAAGCCGCUUAUAAUUAA